GUUGCAGCCCGUGGAAUCGCCCAUAACUCUGGCCUGGUGGCUCCAAGUCCGCGCAGUCGAGUUCCGCGUCCCCGAGCGUUGAGUUCAGUCUUAUAAAGAGCAGCAGCACAGCAUUUCCUGGCCAAGCGGAAAAUCCAUAACGCGCGCCAAGCCAAGCCAAGUUCAAAUCCAUCUAUAUAUAUCUCAUUUUUUUUUUUUUUUACACGGAGUGCUUUAGUUUUUUUUGUGUUCCCAAGUGCAAAAGUCCGGAAGUGUGUCGCAGCAGCAGCAGCAGCUAUAUACUAUAUAUAUAGAGCUAUAUAGAGCCCACAGGAUACCAGGAUAACCCACUCAGAGAUUCAAGAUGACGAGCUCAAGGAGCACCCUGCUGAUCCUGCUCCUGGUGGCCCUUUCGGCUGUUGUCCAACUGGAGGCCAAGACCGUGUUCCGGCGCACGGACAAGAUAUCGGAGAACUUCAAGCAGCUGGACCUGCCGCCGGAGGAAAUCGAUCCGAAUGUGGCGCCACCAGAAUCGGAGCCUCCCAAGAUCGAGGACGUGGCGGACGAGGUGGCCGCUGCCGUGACUCCCGCCUCCGUGAUCGAUGAGAGCGCCAAUGAGAUUGCCACCGGCGAAUCGGAGACCGCAAAUGCUGUCCAAUCCGUUCCAGAAGCCGCUGUCGAGGCUGCUGCCGCUCCAGAGGUUCCAGAGGCAGCUGCUCCUGCGGUGGCCACCACCUUGGCGGCAAAGCCCACGGCCGCUCCGACGACCGCCAAGCCGGAGAAUCCCAUCAGCAAGUUCUGCAAGUGCACGGAGAGCCACUGCGACUGCUGCCGCAAGAUCGGACUGCCGCUGCUGCCCAGCGGACCGGGCUGCGCCAAGAUCGCCUAUCUGGGCAACGACGAGAUGAGCGUGUCCCUGAAGUACGGCGACAUCACCCUCGCCUCGCGCCGCAUCUCCAGCAAGAGGGCGCGGCCCAUCUGCGUUGGCCUCCCCGGCGGCUACUCCAAGUUCUGCGGCAAGGUCUACGGACUGUCGCGCUCCAAGGAGUCCAAGGACUUCAAGGCCUGUUUGGCCUUCGAGCUGCGCGCCGACGACGAGGUGGAGGCCUCCCUGCGCGUCUCCUGCUUCAAGUUCGGUCCGGAGGGACUCCGGGUUGCGGAGGCGGAACCGCUGCCCGUGAAGCCGAGCUCCGAUGACGACGACGACGACGACGAUGACAUCUUCGGAUUUGCCGCUGGUGGCGACGACGACGAGGAUGACGAGGACGACUACGACAACGAUGCAGAUGCGGAUGCAGACACCGAUUCGGAUACCGACGACGAUGAGGACUACGCCGACGACGACGAGGCCGAGGCGCCCGAGGACGCCGACUACGGUGGCUUCAGCUUGGCCGGACUCCUCGACGAGCUCGACGACGACGAGGACGAGAAGCCCGUGAAGAAGCCAGCGGCGGCGGCUGCGGUGGACCAGACCCGCGAGCACGUUGCCGCCACAUCCACGUCAAACGGGGAGCAGGUGCAGGUGCAGAGCAAGGACGAAUCGGGUGCUCCUGCUGCGGCAGCUGGCGAGGCUGCAGUUGCUCCCGCCGAGGGGGAGUUGGUGGCUGCGGCUGCUGCUGCUGCUGUGACCCCGGCACCCGCCGCCGCCGCCGAUGACUCCACCACGCCCAAGUCCAAGAAGUCGAAGAAGGCGAAAAAGAACAAGAAGAAGAAGGCCGCCUCGGAGGCGACGGGAGACGAAACAGGAUUCGCCUAUGAGCUCCUCAAUGGCAUCCUGGAUUUUUUCAACUGAGCGGCCAGCGCGAGUUUGCCAACAUGCUGGGCAACAGUGUAAAUACCUUGUACCGCCGCAGCUGGUCGGAGAAAUAGUAGAGUUACAUUCGUAGUGCUUAAGUGCUCCCCCUCCCCCAACUCCCCGAACUUUCACUUAUUUAUUCCCUAUUUAUUCGAACCAUUAAUUUAUUUUUUUAAAUUUACAACGAAUAAAACUUGCAAAUUGUCUACCCAA